UCUGACAACUCAGCUUACUGCGUCCAUACGUUUUCUUGGUACAGAGGAACGAUCUGGUGGUCACAUAUAUAUGACGUUGCUGUGGUGGCUUGUAUAACUGCAUCACUUGCCACGGAAAGCAUCUUGUGCCGAAGUUCUUGCGAUUGCAUUAUUAUAUAGCGAGCAGAAAAUAUAAGAAUUGUGCUAAAAAUUAAGUGAAGGAAGAAAGAACAGGAAAGGAACAAGAGUAGGAGAACUUCAGAAGCAACACGAAGCUAGACGCCACAAAAAGCGAAAAAAAAGUGUAAUACUGAAAAGAGUGAAACAAAAGCAAACUCAUAUAACAAGAAAAUAAAGGAAGAAAGGAAAAGAAAGAAAAAACAGUAGUAGAAGAUAGUAAAAGAAAGAAGAAAGGAUAUACAUUCAUUUUAUAGGAAAAAAAAAAAUAGAUAACAAGAACAAAGUUGUGCAACAAAAAAAGGCUUUCAUCUUUGUUAGGAAAACUGUGACUAAGAGGAAAGUUUAAUACAUUAAUACUACUCAAAGAAAAGAUUUCUUUGUGAAGACAACCUCGACAACCAGCUUUGUCAUCAUUACAACUACUACUACAUUGUGUUACUUGAGUGUUCCCUCCCGCAGCCCCAGCAGGCUUUUCGGUCAGUCUUUUUUUUCGGUAUCACCAUCUUACGUGAAGUGUGCUAGAGUAGUCAGAAUCAUCAAGCUUCGGAAAGAGUGAGUGAAACAGCUUGCCAUAACUGGAAAAUUGGAAGGCGCAAACUGCUCUUUGCUCAUCUUCCAAAUAAAAUGACAACUGAUAUAAUAAAUCUUAAUAGUAUUCCCAACGAAAUUAACAAUCUGAAUUCCGUCUCUGAAUGUGGUAGUAAAAUGAAGAGUGAAGAGAUGUCACCAGUAAUGCCUCAAAAUCUGUCUAUCCAGCGUCCACCCACAGAAAUGAACACAGCCAAGAGCCAAGGCAAGAGCCGGAAGUUAUAUAUUCUGGAUGACAACGUCGACAAAGCGAGCUGUAUGAAUGGUGACAAGACAAAGACACCAGGGUCUCCUACAAUUUCACCCAUGGGCAAGAAAAAGAUCUACAUGAUGCCGCCCAUGUCGAACCCAGAUGAAGAAAAGAGAAGAAGAAACGCUAUCAUUGCCUACAAGAACCGCCUACUUAAGAAAAAACGAAGCCAAGAUCUUCAGGAAAAUGUGAAGGCUCUGGAGGAGACCAACGUACAACUGCGGGGCAUCAACCAGCAAUUGGAUAAGGAUCUCAGAGCUUCUCAUGAGCAGCAGAGGUUCAUGAGCAACAUGAUACAGGAGCUCCAGUCCGAAAUAAUGUCCUUGCAGUCUUUGUUUCAGACGCAACAGGAAAAACUAGCUUUCAUCCAGGAACACUUGCGUCUUAUCAGCGGAACUAUUGAUGAGAAUGAUUCCACUCGAAAGCUUCUCAAUGCUCUUCUUGAACGCAUUCCUGUUUCCUCACCUACCCUCACUUCUCCGCACCACAUCACUUCUCCGCCGCGUAUAAUUUCACCUCCAUACAUCACAUCUCCCCGUAAUGUCUCACCUCGCCUCACCACCACCUCACCGCCCUAUGUCCAACUGCCUCCCCUUGCUCCCAUCCCAAAGUCGUCUGCUGCAUCCUAAUUUAUUGUAAGAAAAUAAAACUUAUUCUAUAUCUUUAUUAAGUCAUUUUUACAUGUAUGUACAUGUAUAAUAAGGUGUCGAUUGUGCUAUGAUCGUAUUUCUUUGUUCCCAUCUUUUGUCCUUGACAGUUAUAGUACCUGAUAAAAAAAUAUGUUGAAUAAUGUAUACAAAAUUAAAUAUCAGUUUACUAUGUGUUA